UUCUCCUUCUUGGCGCGCUCUUUCACUAAAAACUAUGGACAGCGACCUCUCCUCCACCAGCAAUGGCGAAAUCAUCGACAAAGCUGUUGAUUUCGCCAACUAUUUCUGCACUUACUCCUUCCUCUACCAUCAGAAAGAGAUGCUCUGCGACCGUGUUCGAAUGAACGCUUAUUACAACGCCGUUUUCGAGAACAAACAUCAUUUCCAAGGAAAGACUGUUCUGGACGUAGGCACAGGGAGUGGAAUUCUUGCUAUAUGGGCUGGACAAGCCGGUGCAAGGAAAGUUUAUGCUGUAGAAGCAACUACAAUGGCGAAUCAUGCACGUGUGCUUGUUAAUGCAAAUAAUCUUCAAGAUGUGAUUGAAGUGAUUCAGGGUUCAAUAGAAGAUAUCACCUUGCCAGAGAGAGUUGAUGUUAUUAUUUCGGAAUGGAUGGGACAUUUUCUUCUCCGGGAAUCCAUGUUUGAUUCAGUUAUAUAUGCUCGAGAUCGCUGGCUGAAGCCAACUGGUGUCAUGUAUCCUAGCCAUGCUCAAAUGUGGUGUGCACCUGUCAGAUCAGACUUAUGCGAUGAGAAAUCGAAUGACUUUGAAGGAACUAUGGCUGACUGGUACCAUUUCAUUGAUGACACGAAAUUCAAUUAUGGUGUUGAUAUGAGUAUCUUGACAAAUCCUUUCAUUAAAGAGACUAAGAAAUACUGUUUACAGACAUCGAUGUGGUGCAACCUUCAUCCAGAUCAAGUUAUAGGGUCACCUGCCAUGAUAUUGGGGAUCGAUUGCUCAACAGUAACUGUAGCCGACAUCAUAAAAUUUACUACUGUCUUUUCAUCAAUUAUCAUUAAAGAGGAGGACACAAGGCUAUGUGGUUUUGCUGGAUGGUUUGAUGUUCAUUUCCGAGGAAGUCGAGCAGAUCCAGCUGCAAAAGUAAUUGAGUUGACAACCGCUCCUAGUGAAGAAAAUGGCACACAUUGGGGCCAGCAGUUGUUUCUAUUGGACGAAGCAAAGAGUGUUAGCAAGGGUGAUGAGUUAUCUCUUACUCUCACAUUGGAGCGAUCAAAGGAGAAUCAUAGAUUACUAGAAGUUCAUCUUGCCUGUGGUAUUGUUAAAAAGGUAGCCGUUGGCAAGAAAUUUUACAUAGAAUGACAAAAAAAAUACCCAAAUUGAAUGAAAUAGAGGAUACAUCAGAUCGGAUAUUGAAUUACUGAUUGUUUGUCGAUUUUUCGACUUCUUUGAGAUUUUCUUUUGGAUUUCUCAAUUUGGUGAUUAUGGAUUAGUUAUAAAUCACCAUUAUGCUGCUAUAUAGAUUUGUUUGUUUAUAACAA